AGAAGCAAGGAGGAGACGGCUCGACACCAUCCUCCUCAUCCCGUCAUCACGAUGGACGCCCCCGUUUGGAUUUGUUUCUUUGCGCUCGGCUUGCGCUGGUGUGCCGGGACUCCCGCGCAAGAGGCGUGCGACAGCGCCCUGGUGUCCACCCUGCCACCGACGGCCUUCCAAAGCUCCUCCCAGCUGUCAGCCAGUCACGCUCCCGUCUUCGCCAAGCUCAACAGACGAGAUGGGGCGGGAGGUUGGUCCCCGCUGGCCUCAGACUCGUAUCAGUGGUUGGAGGUGGACCUGGGCGAGCGGACCACCGUCACGGCAGUGUCCACGCAGGGACGCUACGGCAGCUCGGACUGGCUGACGUCCUAUCUGCUCAUGUUCAGCGACUCGGGUCACUACUGGAAGCAGCACCGGCUGGAGGGCAGCAUCGGGGUACGUUCUUGCCUUCAUGGCUGGAUAUCCUCGUUGUUAGCGAAUUUUUUGUUUUGGCUUGUGCAGUCUUUUUCAGGGAACAUCAACGCAGACAGCGUGGUUCAGCACAAGCUGCGGCAGUCGGCCAUCGCUCGCUUCCUGCGCCUGCUUCCCGUGGGCUGGAACCCCAGCGGACGCAUCGGACUGCGGCUGGAGGUCUACGGCUGCCCGUAUACUUCUGACGUGAUGUCGCUGGAUGGCGAGGGCGGGGCGGUGGCGUACCGGUGGAGCCAGGAGAAGGAGGGCGAGGAGCAGCGACUGUCGCUCAACUUCAAGAGUCUGAAGAACGGUGGGACGCUGCUGCACGCCCGAGCUGCCUCGGGACUCGGACUCGCCCUGGAGCUCAGGGCCGGAAAAGUCGGCGUGGUCGUCACGGGGCAACAACAGAAAGCGUGGACCUCAAGUCCCGGUCUUGGUCAGCAGGCCUCGUUAGGCAGCCUCUUGGAUGACCAACAGUGGCAUCUGGUGGCCAUGGAAUGUCACACCGCCCGCUGCAACCUCACUGUGGACCAGCACACAGAGAUUGUGGACUUACCACCACAAUUCCUCCACUGGCGCGUCCAACAGCUGAGCGUGGGGGGAUUUCUCGACAUUCCUGACGAGAGAUUCCAAGGGUGCCUGGAGAACUUGGCGUACAACCGGCAUAACCUGAUUGCGAUGGCCAGACAAGGCGACCGCCGAGCUACCGUUUCGGGCAAUGUCACCUUCACAUGCUCCCACCAGACGCCAGCCGUGGCCGCCACCUUUCCCGGGCCCCGAGGCUUCCUCCAGUUGCCUGGGGCCGCAACCCCAGUACCUGCAGAGAGAGUUUCCGUUGGACUCCAUUUCAGGACGUGGAACCGAGACGGGCUGCUGCUGACCUUCCGGCUCCCUCAGCGGGGCGGUGUUGUCUGGGUGCACCUGAGCGACGCUCGGCUCAGGCUGCUGGUACGGAAGGCUGACAGGGUACUGCUGGAGCUCAAGGCAGGCUCCGGUUUGGAUGACGGUCUGUGGCAUUCGGUGGAUCUGAAGUCCAGACGAGGGCACCUGAGUAUCUGCGUGGACAACGUGGACGUGGCUCAGGCCAGUCCUUCCUUCACCGUGGCCGUCGAGAGGGACCUCUUCUUCGGCGGUUGUCCGGCGGACGACGACGGGCGGGAGGACUGCCGGAACCCCUUUGCCUCUUUCCAGGGUUGCCUUCGCCAGCUGACCUUGGAGCAGCAACAAGUGGAUCUCAUUCUGGUGCAGCAAAGGAUGCUGGGAAACUAUAGCGACCUCUUGAUUGACAUGUGCGGCAUCAUCGACAGGUGUUCUCCAAGUCGCUGCGAGCACGGCGGGCGCUGCACUCAAUCCUGGACGCAUUUCCAUUGUAACUGCAGCGACAGUGGCUACAGCGGUGCCACCUGUCACAGCUCGGUGUACGAACAAUCGUGCGAGGCGUACAAGCACAACGGCAACACGUCGGGCUAUUUCUACAUCGACGUGGACGGCAGCGGCCCUAUCGGCCCGCACCUGGUUUACUGCAACAUGACAGAGGAGAACACCUGGCUGGAGAUCAGACACAACAACAGCGAGCUGACCCCCGUGAGGCCGUCUGGCGGCCAACAUCAGCACCUCGUGCGACUGCACUACUCCGCCAGCGAGGAGCAGCUGAUAGCCGUCAUCGGGCAGUCGGAUCACUGCCAACAGGAGAUGACCUACCGCUGCAGGAGGUCCCGCCUCCUCAAUACUCCCGAGGGCUCAGCCUUGAGUUGGUGGCUUGGCGGUGCCGCUCCGGGCGGACGUCAGAAUUACUGGGCCGGAGCAGAGCCUGGCAGCGGGCAGUGCGCGUGCGGCCUGCGGGGGGACUGCACCGACCCCAAACGUUCUUGCAACUGCGACUCUGACGCCGCCGAAUGGGCUGAGGACUCGGGCUUGGUGACUGACAAGAAGAGCCUCCCUGUGCGGUCCCUGGUGCUGGGUGACGCGCGGCGGCCUGGCUCGGAGGCCGCCUACCGGGUGGGGCCGCUACGUUGCCAUGGCGACAAGAAUUUCUGGAACGCCGCCUUCUUCGCUACGGAGACGUCUUACCUCCACUUCCCGACCUUCCACGGCGAGCUGAGUGCCGACAUCUCCUUCCUGUUCAAGACGAGCGCUCCCUCUGGCGUCUUCCUGGAGAACCUGGGUAUCAAGGACUUCAUACGCAUUGAGCUGAACUCUCCCAGCCAGGUUCUGUUCUCCUUCGACGUGGGCAACGGUCCUCUGGAAGUUGCCGUGGAUUCGAGCACGCCGCUCAACGACGAACGCUGGCAUCGGGUUCGCGUGGAACGCAACGUGAAAGAGGCCUCGCUGCGAUUGGACGCCAUGCCGGCUGCCACCUGCAGGGCGCCCGCCGACGGACACGUUCACUUGCAGCUCAACAGCCAGCUCUUCAUCGGUGGGACGGCGUCUCGCCAGAAGGGUUUCCGCGGUUGCAUCCGCUCACUGCAGCUCAACGGUGUCACCCUGGACCUGGAGGAGAGGGCACGCAUCACGCCGGGCGUCCGGCCCGGCUGCCCGGGUCACUGCGACAGCUACGGAGCGCUGUGCCGCAACCACGGCCGCUGCAUGGAGCAGAGCAAUGGCUUCCGCUGCGACUGCCGCCAGUCGGCCUACGACGGAGUCUUCUGUCACGUCGGAGUCUCGGCCGUCUUCAAGCCGACGACAUCCGUCCGCUACGCCUUCCAGAUGGAGGCCCUCGAGCGGGACGGCGGCAACGUCAGCGCAAAGCUGUCUGCACCGUCCUCCAUCUUGUCCGACCUGAGCCUGAGAGCAGAGAACGUGUCGCUGAGCUUUCGAACCAGCCAGAGUCCAGCGCUGCUGCUCUACGUGUCGUCGCACCAGCGAGAGUACCUGGCGCUGCUCAUCAACAAAUAUGAUAAGCUGGAAGUGCGCUACAAGCUCCAUGGCGGCAAAGAAGGCCAAGUAUUAAGGAGCCAAGCCAAGAGUUUAGCCGAUGGAGAUCUGCAUACGGUCUUGGUCAGCCGAGUGAUGGAUGUCGUUUCUCUGCAGAUUGACCAAAGCGCCAGAGAAGAAUUCAACUUGACGUCCGACAGCGAAUUCAAUGGCAUCAGGUCACUGUUGCUCGGCAAAGUACAAGAGACGGACGAAGUGGAUCCGGAGCUGGUCCGCUUGUCCUCGCUGGGCUUUAGCGGCUGUCUGGCGGCGGUUCGCUUUAAUUCCCUCAGCCCCCUGAAGGAGGCGUUGCUCAGGCCUCACAGCGGCAGCGUGGACGUCAGCGGGCCUUUGCGCCGCUCCAACUGCGCCUCGCCGCCCGCGUCUGAUCCCUACGCCGCGCAAAACACGCCACACCUGUCGGACCCUUCUGGUUCUGGCCAGCCUUUAGUCAAUUCCACGCGGGGCGACUCAGCGCUCAUCGGAGGCGUGAUCGCCGCCAUUGUCUUUGUGACGGUGGCUGGCCUGGCUGCAGCAGCCAAAUUCCUGUACCGGCGGAAGGAGACGUAUCGGAACCAGGAAGGGAAAAACGGCCAGCGAGAGGAAACCCAGGACUCGGACUUUGAUCACCAGACGGACUCCCGGAACGCCUCGGGCCACAACCCAAAGGAGUACUUCAUUUAGAACCGCGACGAGGGGGCGCAUGCCGACGUCCUCACCAAACACGCCGGGUGGCACGUGUAAAUAGUUGGACACGCGUGUAAAUAUUCAACAGUGUCAAUGUUGGCUUUGUGUCUUUGUGCAAACGUUGGGAAACGGUCUUUCAACAUGAUGCGGAUGAUUCCAGUGUGUCGUGAAGGACUCGGCUAACAUUAGGUGUCGGCGGUUAACGCCAGCUGACGGCAGCUAAUGCCGGCUGGCGGCGGCGGCUAAUGUGCAAAAGCAAGCACCCGCCACAAAGAAGACUCCACAGCUGGAAGAAAUGGAUUUGAUGGAUUCUUGCGUGACCGCUCAACAAAUGUCAACUCAAAGAACACGUUUCCUGUUCCGGGCUUGUGCGCUAUUUUUAUUUUUUUUUGCAAACACGUUUUGAUUAAGAGUAAACAUCGACUUGUCAUACGUGGAAAAGAUAAACAAAAAUGUAUUUUGUCCAUGACUGCAGUGAACAGCAGCGAUGUUGCUCAGUGGAUUCCGGACAGUCAAAGAAGACGUUUGGGGCGUUUGCUAUUGCUUUUCUCAAACUUUUUUGAAACGAGCUAUAAUGAAAAUCAAAUGAAUAGCCACAAAAAACAAAAAAAAACAAAUCCUGAUCUGAUCAUAACCAUCAACACCCUCCACAAGACCCCCCAUCGAUCCAUCCAUCUGUCCACCUACCUACCUACCUACCUAAUCUAUCUAUCUAAAAGUUGUCGGAGUGCUCGCCAAGCUUUGAAGAGUCUCCGAAGGAGGCCGCGGCAGCGUCUGUUGCGGCGGCAUCUGCCACUUGUUUUGCAAAAAAUGGCUUUUGACGGCGACGAGAGCGACGUUUCGGGCGCUGGCGGACGUAAUGAAGACGCGUUCCAGUGGAGCCAAGGCGAAAUGAUGGACGGCGCGACAGCUGUUUGUCAGGCAGAUGCCUUUUUAAUGAGGAAACUCUGUACGACUUGAAAGUGCAUCUCCAUAUUCCGCCAACAACUGACAACUUUUUCCCUUUUCCGCUGUUUUGAUUUGUCUGCCUUCCCGCAGCUUCUCAAAAAAGGUCGAAAAAAAGACAAAAGCGCCUGCCUGGCACAGUGUCGGUCGAGCAAAGGAAAUGGGGGGGGGGUGGACUAAAGUAUUGGGACACCGCCUUGAUCUACUUAUUGGCCCCGGCCGGGCGAACCAUCAAAACCAGCAACCCAAUACGUUGCUUUUGUUCCAUCACCUUGUGCUGAUAAUGUUAUUGAUGAUGUCACUGAGUUUGAGUCAGCUACUAUAUUCAUGUCCCAAAAUAUUUGAAAAAUGUCUUCAUCUUGUUUUUGUUGACACACUGUUUAAUGAUAUUAAGAGAUGUUUUAUA